AUGUCACCAAAAACAGCCAAAACUUGGCGGAGUCGAAUAAAACGAGAUGGGCUUCUGGAGCGACGCUGGAGAGGCUUCGAGAAGAGUUCUGGACGAGGAAAGUUCGAAACCAAGCUCAACCGAGAUAUUAAGGAGAUGGCAAGGAAAGUGAAAGGUGGCGCGGAUGGCAUUGAAGAAUUGAAGAAAUUGCUUGAAGAGGCAAAUGAUUCUCGCAACCGAAAUUUUGAGGAGAUGGAAAGGAAAGUGAAAGAUUGUUUGAAAUGUGUCUGGAGGGAAAAAGUCAUUGAAGAUGGAGCAGAGAAGUUUUUUGCUGAGUCGAAGUGUAGGGAGCCAAAGGAUGCCAUCAAGUUCUUUGGAAAAACCGCUGCCUCCGCGAUACCACGUGUGGCUAAUUUAUUUAUGUCACCAAAAACAGCCAAAAUUUUGUCAAAGGUUGGAAAAGUUGCUGGUUUCGUUGGCCCUCUGAUUUCAUUUGGAAAGAAUUUUUGUGCCAAUAUGGAGGAGUUUAAAGAUGAUGGUGCCGUAUGUAGUGUCGGAAAGGCGGGCACUAAUGCUGCUUGCCAAACUGGAGGAGCAAUAGCAGGUGGAUGGAUUGGAGGAGUUCUCGGUUCUGCCGUGCCUGUUGUCGGAAACGCGAUCGGUGCAGCUGCAAUGACCGUUUUUACGAAAGGUGACGGCGGCGAGGAGAAGAGCGAAAAAAAGUUGCCACAGGUGGUCAUCUCGCCGUCUCCACUCGCGCCCACCCCGUCGCCGACUCCGCCAGAGGACGAUGCAGUCGGGAAAAAGAAGCGAUCCUCAUCAUUUGGCCCCCUUUCGAUUAUUCGACUUUCCCCCUCGCCAUUCGCUCGCACCCCGUCCCCAUCACCGCCCGAAUACGAAGAUCAUUGGCAUAGAUUGUACCGUAUCCGAGCAUGGCUUGUCUUUUUUGCUUUGACGAUCUUCACAUUCUCCUUUGUCGCCGGAUACUUUUUUCACAAAACAGUGACCCCGAAAACCCUACCGUACACCGCGUACACCCAGACGGCCUUCAGCGACAACGGGCACGCCGAGGAACUUCGGCAAAAUGUCGAGGUUGAUCCAGCCAAUGACUACGAAAAGAUGAACGUGCAACAAUUCGGGAGCAAUAGACCCGCUGUGUUCAUUCACGAUUUCAAAAAGAACAUGACAGCAAUUGUGGAUGUGCUUGGGCGACGGUGUUUCUUGCGGGAUUUAGAUCGAUCAACGAUGUUAUCGCCCAGAGAGCUCAUUUCUCGGAUCAGGAGAAUGAAGUCCGAGUCGUCGAAAGAAAUGCGCCCAGUGGUGCGCGAGACAUUCCGCGUCGGUCCACCCAUCGCUCACCAGGAUCUCAUCGAUUUGAACUCACAGAUGGUGAAUCGGCAUUGUCUCUUCCGACCCGUUUUCAUGCUGCACAAAAUCUCACAAACCGAGCAAGACGUGAUGAAACGACAGAAAAGGGAGUCGCCGGCCGAGCCCCGCGAAGAGGAUUUGACAUUUGCGGUGAUGGGCGGAGAGCGAGUCGAAGUCGAUCACAUUAUGUUC